CGCGAAAUUUCUCUUAACUGAGGAUGCUAAAGCAGUUGUGCAGCGUCCGUCGCCUGCGUUGCUGGCGAUGGGAUUUGGACACUGCGAGCACCCGUCGCAGCGCGCUUCCGCUUUCUCUGACCCAACCAGUGAUGUCGGCCUCCGCCGUGACUCCGGAAGGACUCGCCGGGCCGCUGGAUGUGACGUAGGGGCCAGGGCGCGCCGGAUCCGCGGAGAAAGCGCAGAGAAGGCGGGUCUCGUCUGAGGUCUGGCAGUGAGAGACAGCCGGGCGUCCACGGCAGCACCAUGCCUGCACUUCUGGAGCGCCCCAAGCUUUCCAACGCCAUGGCCAGGGCGCUGCACCGGCACAUUAUGAUGGAACGGGAGCGCAAGCGGCAGGAGGAAGAAGAGGUGGACAAGAUGAUGGAACAGAAGAUGAAGGAAGAGCAAGAAAGAAGGAAGAAAAAGGAAAUGGAAGAGAGAAUGUCACUAGAGGAGACAAAGGAACAAAUUCUGAAGUUGCAGGAGAAGCUUUUGGCCCUACAGGAAGAGAAGCACCAGCUUUUCCUGCAGCUCAAGAAAGUUUUACAUGAGGAAGAAAAACGGAGGCGCAAGGAACAAAGUGACCUGACCACCCUGACAUCAGCUGCAUACCAGCAGAGCCUGACUGUUCACACAGGAACUCAUCUCCUUAGCAUGCAGGGGAGCCCUGGAGGACACAAUCGCCCAGGAACCCUUAUGGCAGCUGACAGAGCCAAACAAAUGUUUGGACCCCAAGUGCUUACGACCCGGCACUAUGUGGGCUCAGCAGCUGCUUUUGCGGGGACACCAGAGCAUGGGCAAUUCCAAGGCAGUCCUGGUGGUGCCUAUGGGACUGCUCAGCCCCCACCUCACUAUGGGCCCACACAGCCAGCUUAUAGUCCUAGUCAGCAGCUCAGAGCUCCUUCGGCGUUCCCUGCAGUGCAGUACCUAUCUCAGCCACAGCCACAGCCCUAUGCAGUGCACGGCCACUUUCAGCCCACUCAGACAGGUUUCCUCCAGCCUGGUGGUGCCCUGUCCUUGCAAAAGCAGAUGGAACAUGCUAACCAGCAGACGGGCUUCUCUGACUCAUCCUCUCUGCGCCCCAUGCACCCCCAGGCUCUGCAUCCAGCCCCUGGACUCCUUGCUUCCCCCCAGCUCCCUGUGCAGAUCCAACCAGCGGGAAAGUCGGGCUUUGCAGCUACCAGCCAACCUGGCCCUCGGCUCCCCUUCAUCCAACACAGCCAGAACCCGCGAUUCUACCACAAGUGACCAUCAGAUUAUUAUCUUCAGCACCAUACCCCCCAUCCCACUGUGGGUGAGGGUACCCCCUGUGUGUCCCAGGCCAAUAAAAUCUACCUGCCACUGCC